GUCCGUCUGUGUUUUUUGAAAGCUCUGAAAGUCUCUGGCGCUUCUCAUCUCAAUGGAUUCAUAGCAUAGAGCAGACUGACCAUUGAGAACAAUCAAAACAUACGUAGGCGCGCGACAGUACAAGAAGGAUAAAGGACCAUGCGCGCAUUUCUCCUGCUCUUCAUCUGUGUCCUGGCGACGUCCAACGCACAGGAGCCUGACCAUGCUCACGGCUGCACUUAUGGAAGCUGUUAUCCAGCAACCGGUGAUCUCUUAGUGGGUCGGGAGAAGAACCUGAAGGCGUCGUCUACCUGCGGCCAGCGGAGGAGAGAACCCUAUUGCAUUGUUAGCCACCUACAGGAGGAAAAAAAGUGUUUCCAUUGUGAUUCCCGACGGCCCUAUGAUCCUUCUUCCAACACCAUGAGUCAUGGUAUUGAGAAUGUCAUAACAACCUUUAAAGAACAUCGCAAGAAGUCCUGGUGGCAGUCUGAGAAUGGAAAAUCUGAUGUUUACCUUCAGCUGGACCUGGAGGCAGAGUUUCACUUUACUCAUCUCAUCAUGGCUUUUAAGACGUUCCGUCCAGCCGGUAUGUUGAUUGAGCGAUCGGCAGAUUUUGGACGAACCUGGCAGGUGUACCGUUACUUUGCUCACGACUGUGACUCCAUCUUUCCGGGAAUUUCCCAAAGUCCUCUUCGCAAGAUUGAUGAUGUCAUCUGUGAAUCACGAUAUUCCGACAUUGAGCCGUCGACGGAAGGAGAGGUGAUUUAUCGUGUCCUGGAACCUGCUAUCCGAAUCGAUGACCCAUACAGUCCCAGCAUUCAGAAUCAGCUGAAGAUCACCAACCUCCGUGUAAACUUCACCAAGCUGCACACUCUGGGUGAUAAUUUAUUAGACUCACGGCCUGAGAUCAAAGAGAAAUACUACUAUGCCAUGUAUGAGCUGGUUGUCAGGGGCAACUGUUUCUGCUAUGGGCACGCCUCUGAAUGUGCUCCAAUUGAAGGGAUUAGGGGUGACAUAGAGGGCAUGGUUCACGGGAGGUGUGUUUGCAAACACAACACAAAUGGGCUGAACUGUGAGAAAUGUGAUGAUUUUUAUAAUGACCUGCCCUGGAGACCGGCUGAGGGACGCAACACUAACGCCUGCAAGAAAUGCAACUGUAACAGUCACUCCAAUAAAUGUCAUUUUGACAUGGCCGUAUAUCUGGCUAUGGGUAAUGUCAGCGGAGGUGUGUGUGACAACUGUCUUCACAACACCGUGGGCCGCAACUGUGAGACAUGUAAACCGUUCUACUACCAGGAUCCAACUAGAGAUAUUAGAGAUCCUGGGGUCUGCGUGGCCUGCGAUUGCGACCCUGAUGGUUCUCUGAAUGGCGGUAUUUGUGACGGACAUGAUGACCCCUCUCUGGGCAUGAUCGCGGGUCAGUGUCGCUGUAAAGAUUACGUCGAAGGCCAACGCUGUGAUAAAUGCAAGCCUGGUUUCUAUGGGCUCAGUGCCAAUGACCCCCGGGGAUGCCAACCGUGUAAAUGUGAACCGAGGGGUACGGUGUCCGGAGGCCCCCAGUGCGACCCUGUGAGUGGAGACUGCUUCUGUAAACGCCUGGUUACUGGACACAGCUGUAACCAAUGUCUACCUGAACACUGGGCCCUGAGUCAUGAUGCAAGUGGUUGCAGAGGAUGUGACUGCGAUGUGGGCGGAGCCACAGACAACCAGUGCUCGAUGGAAACAGGGCAGUGUCCCUGUCGAAGCCACAUGAUUGGUCGGCAGUGUAACCAGGUGGAGCCUGGGUAUUUCUUUAUGGCCCUGGACCACUACAUCUAUGAGGCUGAAAAGUCCAAAUUUGGUCAAGGUUCCACUUUUGAAGAGAGAGAGUACCAGCCAAACCGAGCAACCUCAUGGACUGGCUCUGGGUUUGCACGAGUCCCUGAAGGUGGUACUCUGGAAUUCGCCAUUAACAACAUUCCCUAUUCUACGGAGUAUGAUGUCCUUAUACGCUAUGAGCUUCAGAUGCCACGGGAUUGGGAGGAAGUGCGUGUAUUGAUGAUUAGACCGGGCCCCAUACCCACCAGCAGUCCAUGUGGAAACACCAUUCCUGCAGAUGACCAGCUAACCGUUUCGCUCCCGACAGGUGCCAGGUUUGUUGUUCUCCCUCACACUGUGUGUUUGGAGAAGGGAGUAAGUUACAAACUGCGUGUGGAGUUUAUCCGUUACGCUGACAGAAACAUUAUCCUCAGCUCCUCUAAUGCCUUUGUACUGGUUGACUCUAUCGCCCUUCUUCCUCGCUACUCUUCUCUUGAGAUGUUUACAGCGGGUGACGCCGCCUCUGUCACGCGGAAGCAAAACUUUGAACGGUACCGUUGCCAUGAGACCGGCAAGAGUGUGUCCCGUCCUCAGAUGAGUGAAGCGUGCGCUAAACUCAUCACCAGCAUGUCAGCGCUCAUUAAUGACGGUGCACUGCCGUGUGAAUGUGAUUCUCAAGGUUCGCUCAGCUCUGAAUGUGAUAUACGUGGAGGUCAGUGUCGCUGUAAGCCCAAUGUAUCAGGUCGGCGGUGUGAUAAAUGUGCACCAGGGGCUUAUGGGUUUGGACCCUCUGGAUGCAAACUUUGUGAAUGUAGUUUGGAGGGCUCUCAGAGCCGUUUCUGUGACCAGCGCACAGGACAGUGUCCAUGUCAGCCUGGUGCCUUUGGCCAGCGUUGCGAUGGUUGCCAGGGUGGGCACUGGGGCUUUCCAAACUGCAGUCCAUGUCAGUGUAAUGGUCAAACAGAAGAGUGCCAUCAGAGAACCGGAGCCUGCCUUAACUGCAGAGGCAACACGGCAGGAGACAAGUGUGAACGGUGCACUAAUGGUUACCAUGGAAACCCACUCCUCGGUUUAGGGAGUCAGUGUCGACCCUGUCCCUGUCCUGAUGGCCCCAGUAGCGGACGGCACUUUGCCGCCACCUGUUACCAAGACAACCGCAACCAACAGGUGGUCUGCAACUGCAAUCAGGGUUACACAGGUUCCCGCUGUGAAGAAUGUGCUCCUGGUUACUACGGCAACCCCUCACAACCCGGCGGGCGGUGCCAAUCUUGUCGUUGCAGUAACAACAUUGAUCUAUCAGACCGCGGUGCUUGUGACAGUCGCACUGGCCAGUGUCUCAAAUGCCUGUACAACACUGAAGGACCAGACUGCGGCGUGUGCAAGAGUGGAUACUAUGGGGAUGCUUCCCGUCGUAACUGUCGGAAAUGCACCUGCUACUUCUUGGGCACGGAGCGCAGUCAGUGUCAAUCCCGAGAUGAAUGUGUGUGCCAGCGUACCACAGGGCAAUGUCAGUGUCUGCCUCACGUUAUUGGACAAACCUGUGACCACUGUGCACCAAACUAUUGGAACCUAGCCAGUGGGCGGGGCGGUGAGCCCUGUGGGUGUGACCCCAACAAUGCUUACACAUCUGCCUGCAAUGAGUUCACAGGCCAGUGCCAAUGCAGACCAGGUUUUGGAGGAAAGACAUGUACAGACUGCCAGGAAAACCAUUGGGGAAACCCCAAAGUCCUGUGCAGAGCGUGUGACUGUGAUCCGCGUGGCAUCGAGACGUCUCAGUGCGAUCGCGUGAGCGGUCAUUGUGCGUGCCGGCAGGGCGUGUCCGGCGUUCGCUGCGAUCAGUGUGCGCGCGGCUUCUCGGGCACUUUCCCAGAUUGCAAGCCUUGCCACCAGUGCUUCGGGGACUGGGACCGCAUCGUUCAGGAUCUCGCAACCAGAACCAAAGCUCUCACGGACCGAGCGAAGGAACUGCAGACAACCGGCUUGACUCGAGCCUUUGAGAGAAAAUUUAAGGAUUUGGAGGGAAAGCUAGCACAGGCGAGAGAGAUUGUAAAUGCCCGAAAUUCUACAGCUGAGGCUGUGACCAUUCUAAUGGGCAUGAUAGAGGAACUCAGAGGUCAAAUUGGUGAGACCACAGAGACACUGAACCAGCUGGAGGGAGACCUGACCGCAGUGCAAGAUAGUAACUAUGAAGCCAGCAAUGCAUUAAGUACACUGGAAAGAGAGGCGAAAGAGCUUAACCUGAACUCAGAUAAGAUGAACCGUCAGCUGGAAAUCCUUAAGAAUUCCAACUUCUUGGGUGCAUAUGACAGCAUUCGGACCUCCUACAACACAUCUCGGGAUGCAGAAAACCGCGCCAACAAAUCCACCACUGACAUCACCAGUACAGUGAGCAAAUCAUCAGACACCCGCAAGAAAACAGAGCGACUGAUGUCCGAAAAAAGAGACAACUUCAACCGAAAGAACGCUGCAAACAAACGCACACUCACAGACUUAAAUGCGAAAGCUCAGCUUCUGGACAUGAAGAAAAUAAAUGAAAAGGUAUGUGGAGCACCAGGUGAUGCUCCCUGUGGAGACAGCCCUUGUGGCGGUGCUGGUUGCCGUGACGAUGAGGGCAAGCGCCACUGUGGAGGCCUGAAUUGCAACGGAGCUGCAGCAGUUGCCAGCAAUGCCCUGGAUAGAUCCAAGCAUGCAGAGAACGAGCUAAACAAAGCUAUGGAAAUAGUGGAAGAUCUCUUCAAGCAGGUGGCAGAUGCUAAGACCAAAGCUCAGGAAGCUAAAAGCAAAGCUCAGGCAGCUCUAGAAAAAGCUAGUGAUGCCAAGAAAAAGGUGGAUCAUUCAAACAACGACCUGCGGGACCUCAUCAAACAGAUUCGUGAAUUCCUCAUGCUGGAGGGGGCGGAUCCCGACAGCAUUGAGGCAGUGGCCAAUCGUGUUCUUGAGCUGUCUAUUCCUGCAUCACCCAAGCAGAUUCGACACCUUGCGGACGAGAUUAAGGACCGGGUCAAGAGUCUGUCUAAUGUGGAUGCCAUUCUAGAGCAGACUCAGAAUGACGUCCGUAAAGCAGAACAGCUGCUGCUAGAUGCCAAGAAAGCCAGAAAUAAGGCAGAGGGGGUGAAAGACACAGCAGUGAGUGUGAAGCAAGCACUGAACGAUGCUGGCAAAGCCCAGGCAGCUGCGGAGAAGGCCAUUGAAAAAGCUCGGAAAGACAUUGGCUUAACCCAGAACCGGCUUGCACAGAUCCAAUCAGAGACAACAGCUCAGGAGAGAGAUCUUGACAAUGCUAUGGACAGGCUAGGAGAUCUUGGGCGACAGAUCGAGGCCUUAAAAACCAAACGUGCCAACAACAGCCUGGAUGCGGCACGGGCAGAGGAAACAGCCACCAUGGCACGAGAAAAGGCCAAUGAAGCUAAAGAGAUUCUGGAUGGCGAGCUGUCCGAUAAGUAUCGUUCUGUUCAGGGACUAAUGGACAAUAAAGCAAAGACAAUGCAGGAAGCCAAGCAGAAAGCUGAGCUUCUGAGAGAUGAAGCCAAGGAGUUGCUUAAGGAUGCACAGGAUAAACUCCAGAGGCUGGCAGAGCUUGAGAAAGACUAUGAAGAAAACCAAAGGGUAUUGGAGGGCAAAGCCAGGCAGCUGGAUGGCCUCGAAGAUAAAAUGAAGGCAAUCCUUAGUGCCAUCAAUAAGAAAAUUCUGAUCUACAACACCUGUCAGUAAUCAGUUAAAGAAAGGAGUCCUGAAACUGCUGCUGCACUGUUUUAAAACAUCUGCCAUUUCAAUCCUUUUAUGCUGCUACAUUUUUGACCACAGACUUACAAGAUCCCAAACUCCCAUAACAAACAAUGUCUGGAAAAGUUUCAGUGAAAGGCUAUUGUAUAACAUUCACAUUAAAAUAUUAAAGGGAUAGUUCACCCAAAUAUGAAAAUUCUGUCAACUAUUAUCCACCCGCAGGUUGUUCCAAAACAGUAUAAAUGUCCUUGUUCUGCUAAACACAAAGGAAGAUAUUUGGAAGAAUGUCAGUAACCAAACAUAUCUCAUCCCCAUUUACUGCCAUUUUAGGGAAAAUAAAGACUACGGUACUUAAUGAGGAAUAUCUUCCUUUGUGUUAAGCAAAACAAAGGAAUUUAUUUUUGGGUGAACUAUCUCUUUAAUGUUGAAUGGAUUUCUGCAAUAAAAUACAGAUAUGCGCUUGUAAGGAAAUAUUCCACUUUCUUGCCAUUUGCGACAACUUGCUUGUUAAUGACUGUAUACGGACAGUAAAAUGAAGAAGUUUGCUUGAAUGUAAAAUACACUGAAUCCAAUCAUGUCACAGAAGUCUGUGCACAGAAUUCUGCUUGUCCUUCUGCAGCAACACCCUCUUACUUACUUUUUUUGAGUGAUUGUGUUUUUAGAUUACACAUAACAUUUGUCUAAUAGUGCCACUGCCUACUAAAAUAACUACUGUAACAAUCGACAAAUACAUUGUGUGUGACAAAAUUGAAGAUUCUAUAGAGGUAAGCUGUUUAAGUUUCAUAUCUAUGACCAUGGACGACAAAACCAGUCUUAUAGAUACAUUUUUAGAAAUUGAGAUUUUUACAUCAUCUGAAAGAAACAAGCUUUCUGUUGAUGUAUGAGUUGUAAGAAUAUGACAAUAUCUGACUGAGAUUACAAUUGUUUACACCUCAGGAAUCUGAGAGUGCCAAAAAAUCUAAAUAUUGAGAAAAUUGUCUUUGAAGUUGUUAAUCAGGGACACUGUGGCAGGACAUCCACUCACAAAAAUAAAGUUUUGAUAUAUUUAAGGUAGGAAAUUUACAAAAUAUCUUCAUAGAACAUGUUCUUUACUUAAUAUCCUAAUAAUUUUUGGCAUAAAAGAAAAAUCUAUCAUUUUGACCCAUACAACGUAUUUUUGGCUUUACUAAAAAUGUUCCUGUGCUACUUAAAGACUGGUUUUGUGAUCCAGGGUCACAUCUGUGUAUAAUGGCUGAUCAAUGUUGUCAUAUUAUUGUAUGUAAUGUGUACAUAAGGUCCAUUUCCCAAAGACAAAUUAACAAUUUAUUAAAAAAUAAAACCAUAAACCCCUUUGCUUUUUAUCUGAUUUCCUUUUAUUGUACGUUAUGUUGGACUGGACCAUAAACCCACUCAAUAACAAAUAGGAACAAAUUCAGCUACGGAGUGUGUAUGAAAAGGGGAAAUAUAUCAAAUACCUUACACUGUAAUUUCUAUAUUGUUGUUUUAAAUGUAUUUCAAUGAAUUGUAUUCGUUUCCCUCUCGCCUCACAAACAUUAUUGAUCAUUUAGUAUUUCAAAUACAUUUUGUGUAUGAGCGCAAAUAA